GCUGCCACACACUCCCGGCGUGCGGGGCGCGCCUCGGGGCGGCAGAGGCAGCCGGUGCCUCCCGGGGGGUGGCCGCUCUCUCUCGGGGCACCCUGCUCACGGCUCGCAGCCAGGCUCGCCCUCCCACCGCCGGCACAGCCUGAAACUUUCCCCGGCAGCCUGCGCACGCUCUUGCUUCCCGCGGGGAGAAAACGCGCUCCCGCUCCCUCCGUGCAGCGGGGACGGGGAGGCGGGCAGCCUCUGCCUCUCUCCGCCCCGGCUCGCCCGCCCGCGGAAGCCUUCCCGAGGCUCUCGAGGCUCCCGCAUUGCACCGCCGCGCCGUGCCGGGGCUCGGCGCUGCCCACCCGCGCCCCGCCGGCGCCCCCGUGCCCGGCCGGCGGUAUGAGCGCCGGUGAGGCGAAGGAGUAUCUGGCCCGCAGGGAGAUCCCGCAGCUUUUCGAGAGUCUGCUGAAUGGAUUAAUGUGUUACAAACCCGAUGACCCAAUUGAAUAUUUGGAAAGCUGUUUGCAGAAAGUGAAAGAGCUUGGAGGAUCAGAAAAAGUGAAAUGGGACACUUUUGUCAGCCCAGAAAAGAAGACCCUGCCUCCACUCAAUGGAGGACAACCCAGGAGGUCUUUUUUCAGAAAUGUGAUGCCUGAUAAUUCGAACUUCCCGUACCGACGGUAUGACCGGCUCCCUCCAAUCCAACAGUUUUCCAUAGAGAGUGACACCGACCUCUCUGAAACUGCUGAGCUAAUUGAGGAGUACGAUGUAUUUGAUCCUGCAAGACCUCGGCCAAAAAUUAUCCUUGUCAUAGGUGGCCCAGGAAGUGGUAAAGGAACACAGAGUUUGAAAAUAGCAGAACGUUAUGGAUUUAACUACAUAUCAGUUGGUGAAUUGUUAAGGAAGAAGAUCCACAGCACAAGCAGCAAUAGAAAAUGGAGUCUAAUUGCCAAAAUAAUUACUACUGGAGAACUGGCCCCUCAGGAAACAACCAUAACUGAGAUAAAGCAGAGAUUAAUGCAGAUCCCUGAUGAAGAGGGUAUAGUGAUUGAUGGAUUUCCCAGAGAUGUUGCCCAGGCAAUCUCCUUUGAGGACCAAAUCUGUACCCCAGAUUUGGUGGUAUUCCUGGCAUGUUCCAGUCAAAGGCUGAAAGAAAGGUUACUGAAGCGUGCUGAACAGCAAGGAAGACCUGAUGAUAACCUGAAAGCCACUCAAAGACGACUAAUGAAUUUCAAGCAGAAUGCUGUCCCAUUGGUUAAAUAUUUCCAGGAAAAAGGGCUAAUCAUCACCUUUGAUGCAGACAGAGAUGAAGAAGAAGUGUUCUUUGACAUAAGUUCAGCAGUUGACAAUAAGCUAUUUGCAAACGAAGAGGCUUCAACAGAGCCAAAUGAACUUGAUUGCAGUCUGAUUAUGGAUUCUGGUGAUCCUGUUUAUACAGAUUUUGACUUUGAAGACCAGGAGGAGGAUCAGUCCUGUUUUUCUGGUUAUGAGAGCACAGGAGACUUUUCAGAAGAUCUGAGGAAAUCAAACAUAAUUUUUGUUGUCGGUGGGCCUGGCUCUGGCAAAGGGAGCCAAUGCGAACAGUUAGCCAAGAAAUACGGAUUUACUCUCCUGUCCACUGGUGACCUUCUCCAAAAUGAGUUAUCAUCAUUAUCAGAGAGAAGUAAACUGAUCAAAGACAUCAUGGAAUGUGGUGAACCUGUGCCUGGCGGUAUUGUCCUAGAGCUACUGAAGGAAGCCAUGAUUUCCAAGUUAGGGGACACAAAAGGUUUUCUGAUCGAUGGGUAUCCCCAGGAACUGAAAGAAGCAGAAGAGUUUGAGAGCAAGAUUGGGGAACCAAAACUUGUGUUCUGCCUGGACUGCUCUGCAGAAACAAUGAGCAGUCGCCUUCUGAUGAGAAAUCAGAGCAGUCAGCACACUGAUAAUGCCGAAACCGUCAAGGAAGGAAUCGAAAGCUAUUACCAAGCAUCAAAACCUAUGAUUGCAUACUAUGAAAGGAAGACACAGUUAUGCAAGGUUGAUGCAGAAGGAACACAGGAGGAGGUUUUUCUGGACAUCUGCAAGACCAUUGACUCUUUUCUGAACAAGGAAGAGGCAGCAUUUUGUUAUCCCACAGAAACACAGUAAAGGUGUGUUCGCAGCCUCACAGGCACUUGACAGUCAUGACUAAAAUGCUGUUCAAAGCAAUACUGCUUUCUCGAGAGGUAUCUGGAUUUGUGCAUGUGGUAUGUUCUUUUAGGUGAAAUCUUUUUUCCUCUGUUCCGACAGCGCACUCAAUGGAGUGGUCUGUGUGCUAACUCUAAGAACCGUAACUUGUUUUAUUGGUCGUUUGCUCUUCACGGGUUAAAAGCAGCAUGAACAGCAGCUCUGGUUUGUAUCUAUCUCAUUCGUUUGAUUGGAAAUCAGACAGUGCCUGGCCACAGCGAGCUCCUCAGCCACCUCACUCACCGUUUAGCAUAUUAAGGUUGCUGCAUACAAGUUUCCCAUUGGCUAUUAUUUUAAUUAACAGUAUUAAUUUUUGUGGUGUCACUUAGCUUGUUUUUGGGCUUCAGAGACUCAACUCUGUUCUCUGUUACACCCAGCUGCGAGACAGCUGGAAUCGGUCAAGCUGGAAGUUAAAAUAAACUUUUCACAUGUCCCCAGAACACUGUAUUGCAACAAGCAGCAGAAAAAUUAACUGAAGGUGAAGACACUACUAAAUAUUGUGGAAGCCUGUCUAUCCAUUACUGUGGAGCAGACACCAUUUCUGGGACAACUUGUCUUGUGCUGGGAAUUGUAAGGUAUUAUAAACGCCAACUUCCCAGUUUUGUGAGCUGAGGUGAAAAUGAUGAUUGUAUUGUGUAGUUAAAUGUGCAAUCCUACCCAUAUCAACAGCAGUUUUACUGUAUUAAGUCUACAUAUAAAGUUGACUAUGAGCCAGAAUGUAUGAAGGUUCCUUUAAAUCUUACAUGGGAAGUAUUUCAAAUGCAAAAUUCAGCUCAUCAUCUGUUGUCUUGUACUAGCAUCGCCAAAACUGGGAGGGGGGAGGGAAAUGAAAAGGUAACAAAAUAGGAAACCAUCAUGGGUGAUUUGGUUCAUUUUGCUUGCACCUUUAGUAAGCCAUUUAUCUGUAAUAUUUGCAAAGAAGUCUGUAAUAGUCACAUCGUAUUUCCAUUUGGUUAACCAAAGUAUUGUGGUUUCUUUGGUAUACUGAUAGCUAAAUAAAAGCUUGUUUGACAUUCCUGUGAAGUAACUGCAUCCUCUUACUGGAUCUACUGGAUGAACGCACAGCUGAAGUGGGCUGCAUGACUGCUCUUACUGUCAAUGUUGUACUUUAUGCGGCAGAUUUGUAUUUUUGAAGUUACCUUUCUUGUAAUGAAGACAUAAUACAAAUAAAACGUACAAAAAGGAGGAGUAAUGAUUUGUUACAGUAUAUGUGGGUUUAAUCCUUUUCAAAGCACAGUACAUGACUUGAAAAUAGCGCUCAAAUCGGCAUGCUUACAGAGUAUGUCCUUUUUCCAUUCAGGGCACAUUCUUCUGGUUCCUUUCUCUUCCUUGGCAUUUGCCCUGUAAAUGCUAAUUCAAUUAUUUGUAAGGGACUGACUUCAUAUCCUGGAUGUUCCUUCUUUCCUGGGUCCUUUUAUAGCCUAUGUUUUACCACUGAUGCUCUAGAAGUGCUUCUCCAGCUCCACCAGUGCCAUCAAGUGACCUGUAACACCUGCAGUACAACAGCUUUAAGGAAGAGAAUUUGAGAAUGCAUCAGCUGAAGAAGGCUGGUGUUUCUAAACCGAGCCUUGAAGCACCACCAGCUGUGUGCUGCAGUGUUGUAGUAUUUUGCCAAAAAAAAUGAAGUAAAAUACUCUGUCUCAAAAACCAGGAAAAUACUCUGGAGUUACCAUGAAGUUGCAAAUUCAUCUGUGUAGGUGUUCUGGAGUAUUUUUUAUUACUUGUAAUUACAAUAUAAGUUAAAAAGUGUGGAGUACCAUACUUGUGUGGGAUGGGAACACAGGCAACAUCAGCUGCUAAUCCUCUGGUUUUUUUUAAAUCAAAUUACAAAGCAUACAGUUUCAGUUUUAAUUUUUCUUUCUGCUUCUUCUGGUUUUUUCUAUGGAAAAAACAAAAAUUCCCAUGCUUGAUUGGGUGUAUGUGCAUUAGGUAUCUAUUUGUGUAUGUUCAUUAUGUAUGCAAGAGAAAUAGCUGUAUAUGCAUGCAUAUGAAAAUACAAAUAUUUAUACAUAGUCAAUAAAAAGAGGACUUAUUCAAGACA